AGCACCUCCAGUUGGAGCGAGUCCCACCCUCAGAAGAUAGAUCUGAACUUAAAUCUCCCUCUUUAAUUUACGGGGAAGCAAUUUCACAACCAGUCUGGAUCAAUGAUUACGUGUAAAAGUAGUCACUUUUUGUCGCGUGAAUUGAACUGCGAUGCGCUUAAUUAUUUUCCUCGAGUAAAUUUACAACACGACUCGAAAACAUGACAACGAGACGACACUUUCUGAUGCUUUGUUGGGUUUUUGCAAUUAUUUAUAACAUUCAAGGUUCCAGACUCAUUGCAGAUAACAGCCUGCCCCGUAUCAUCCACCAUCCCUCUGAUGUGGUGGUCAGAGCGGGCAGCCCAGCCACACUGUCCUGCAGGGCAGAGGGCAACCCUGAGCCCACCAUACAGUGGCUCAGAAAUGGCCAGCCCCUGGACACAGAGAAGAUGGAUGUAGAGUCACGGCCCAUCGUUUUACCAGAAGGAAGCUUGUUCUUCCUCAGCGUUGUCCCUGGGAGAAAGAGUCAAACUCAUGAAGCGGUAUACGCCUGCAUUGCUCGGAACAGCGCCGGAGUUGCGACUAGCAGAAAUGCAUCUCUUCAUAUAGCAGCUCUGCGCGAGGAGUUCCGGGUGCAGCCCAGGGACGUGGAGGUGGCGGUUGGGGAGGUGGCUGUGAUGAACUGCAGCCCGCCUGUGGGACAUCCUGAGCCCAACAUCACCUGGAGGAAAGACGGAAUCCUCAUCAACAGCAGCAAUGAACAUUACACUGAACUCAGUGGUAAACUGAUCAUUGCUCCUGCUCAGAAGAAUGACUCUGGAAUUUAUAGCUGCAUAGCUUCAAACACCAUUGGAGUGAGAGAGAGUCGAACUGCUCGGCUUUCUGUAUUAGCCAAACCGGUUUUACAGCGUAAACCAGAGGAUGUAUCAGUACAGCUUGGGGAUUCAGCAAAGUUUUUUUGUGAGGCAGAUGGAGACCCCAUGCCUUCUGUAGAGUGGAGUCGAGAACAAGGACCACUACCCAAUGGCAGAUAUUUGAUCAACCCAGACCACAGUUUGCAAAUCCACUAUGUGACAGCCCAGGACAUGGGCAGGUACACUUGCACUGCAGAAAAUAAGCUUGGUGUGUCUGUGGCCAAUGCACAACUGCUUGUAGAGGAUGUGGGAAGCACUAGACUGAGAGAUCUACACAAGGAGCUGUCUGAAUUACAUGUGAGCCUGCAAAACGUCACAGUUCUGAGUACAGCUUCCAACAUGUCUCAAGUCAUGUGGAGGCUGCAGUCCUCUCUUUCAAAGCCUCAUUAUCUUGAAGGCUUUGAGGUUCUGUAUCGGUCUCUUCUGCCAGCCAGCUCUGACUGGACAGCUCAACGGGUUCCUCAGCCUAAUGUUCACACUCACGUGGGACCUCUUAAGAGAGGCUACAAGUACGAGUUUAAAGUUCGACCCUACGGCAGCAGCCUGUAUGGGCGGGAGAGCAACACCAGACACUUACAAGUACCAGAGAAAGUCCCUAGUGCACCACCUGAGGAUGUCUCCAUAACAAUGCCCACUGACCGUAAUGACACUGUCCACCUGAGCUGGGAACCCCCACCUCAUGAGGCUCACAAUGGGAUCAUUCAGGGAUAUCAGGUGUGGUGUGUGGAAUCUGAGGAGCUAAAGUCUUUGAACUGGACUCUGGACAGUGGAACACACAGUCUUGAGAUCAGUCCACUGCAGCCCGGCAGGCUAUACUGGGUCACAGUGGCUGCCGUUAACGGGGCAGGAGUGGGGCUUCAGAGCGACCCGCACAAACUGCUCAUAGAGUCCAGGCAGGAGGUGACACCUUAUCAAACAGGCAUAGGCAGUGUGUCUCAUAUCCUCGCUGUGAUUAAAGAGCCGGUGUUUAUCGGCAGCGUUGGCACCCUCCUGUGGUGUUUUUUGAUGAUUACAGCCGUGUUUCUGUACAGGAGACAUGUCAAAUCUGCCAAGCCGGGAGGCAAAAACUCAGGUUUGUAUAGACUGGAAAGUAAAGACCUCAUCAUCAAACACAGAAUGGUGGCACCAGACUCUCCAUGGAUCUCUGGAGGCUGGAGGCCAAACUCAAGCAGUGAGCCCAAGCAGAGCUUUUGGACCUCGAGCCAGGAGAACAUUGGCUUCCGGAGAACCACUCUGCCCAUAACAGCUAUAAAGGACUCCAACCCCCUGCGGUCAGCCGUCCCCAUCGUACCAGACAAUUGUGGCGUCUACGGCACCUUUUACGUGGAUCUAACUGGGAAUGGGCUGAAGACAUUUAGUAGUCCAGGACGAUGUCCCAAAAUGCCCCACGGCAACUCUCAGCUGCAUAACUCGGAGACGGUUCGCAUCACUGAGCCCAUCGUCAAAACUGCUGUUGUAAGAGAAGUGCAGGCGUUGCCAUGGAAACGUGCCCUCCCUUCCCAGCCCAAUAUGGGAGUUCUGAAAGAAUCUUGGGAGAAAAAUUAUAAACGAGAAUUGCAUGCUGUGAAAAGUGCCCCUUUAAUGCCCAUGCAUCAACAAGCCCUGGCAGUGUGCAGUACGCCGGGUAACCAUCAGCAAAAAUUUAGUCAACAUCCAGCAGGUGAUGUAUCAGAGUCUGUGAAGCCACUGAGCUCUCCACGAAUCCUGCACUACUCUGCCUCACUGCAGUUGGUGGACAUGUUGCCCAGCCCUCCGCAUCUUCAAAUGGAGGACAACCACAGCCUCAGCUCAGAGGAAGAGUCUACCAGGUCCACAAAGCUAACAGUAGACAUUGGCUCUCAGCAGUCUGUGUGUGCUGCUUCUGGGCUCCAGGGUCCUGCUUCCACCACUACAGUCUGUCCGACUCAUCACAGCCCUUCCAUGGGUUGCCAAGCCCAUCCAAGCCCCUCCUAUAGUCAGCUCUCCGCUGCUUCCUUCUGCCUGUCCACUGAUGACUACCAGGACACCACACUCAGCACUCAGGGCCACACGCAAUGCAUGGAGUUCAGCCCCAAAUCACAAGGGCAAAGCACUCUCUCUGAUAGUUCACCCUCAGUGUCCCAGCCCUUCUCUCCAACACCAACGUUUGGCUAUAUCUGCGGGCCUGCAGACCGGGAAAUGGGCGACAUUGAUGAUGAACAGGAGUCUCAGCCAAUCGGGCUCAGGAAAGCCACACUGAGGAGCACGCCCUCCUCGUGCUGUAGCGAAUGGGAGGGCUCGCUGUGGAAUGUAUGGGGUUCAGAGUCCGAGAGCAACAUGACGAGUGCCCGAACAAGUAUCAUCAGCUCCUCCGACUGCUCAUUCAUAAACGAUGCAAACUUUGCCCGCGUCCUGGCUAUGACAGCAGAAUCCAAGAGCGGUACUUUAUCAGCAGACUUCUCCCCGCCUGAGUCCCCCCUAAGCGUUCUGUUCCCACCUCGAGAGUGUUUCGGAGAGGUGGAGCCGAUGCCCGUGUGGGACUGGAGCACCGCAUGGGUGGAGGAGUUGGAGGCCCAGUUCAAAGCCUCCAGAGAGGCCAGAAGAACCUCCACAUCAACCCGACAUUCUGGCAUUGAGCACUGGAGAGGACAGCUGGUGAGCAGCCAGAAAAACCCAUCAGACCGAUGAUCAACUCCAUGUUACCUCACAGACACACUUGAAGCCUCAAACCAAGGGUUGUUUUUUGGACUUUAUUUCCCUGCAUUUCUCAGGGCGUCCCCAAGCUUGUAGUUUUGACAGGCCUGGGUUUGUAUCAAGGUCAGUUAACUCUAAGAACACAUUUCGCUGCGAGGUUUGUGCAGUGUUUUUCACUCUCCAUAAGGACAUUACCACUCCAUGUUAAGGAGAAUUGUACAGGACAUCCAUAUUCGCCUUCUAAGAAAUGUAAAUAAACCGAUUUUAUUUAAUAAACCAUAUCAUACACUUUUAUAUGACAGAGUCAUCUAAAAUACACAGGAAAUAUUAUACAAGAUGUUUUGUAUUUAGAUCUCCUUUUUAUUAUUUUAUAAUUGAAUACAUUGGUAACACUUUUCAAAAUGAAUGUAUUCAUUAACAUUAAUGACAUUACUUAAGAUGAACUAACAAUGAACAAUACAACUUUUACAGCAUUCAACAUACAAUAUACUAUUAAAUUUUUAUGUUUUUUGUUAUUGCAUUUGCUAAUGUUAACAAAUACAACCUUAUUCUAAAUUGUUACCAAUACAUUUAAAGUUUUAGGUGUCUUUUUUAAUAGUUUUCUUUUAUGUUAGUUAUUUUUAAUUUAAACAGGAAUAUCCAGUAUACUAAAUGCUUGUCUAAAUAAGCUUUUGGAGGUCUGUAUAUAUAUAUAUAUAUAUAUAUAUAUAUAUAUAUAUAUAUAUAUAUAUAUAUAUAUAUAUAAUUGUUGGGAUUUUUGGGGUGGAAAUGGUGGUAUAGUUUGAGUAAUAAUACUGUAUUUAGCUGUCAUUUCUUAACAAGCAUUUCACACAAAUAUUCUUUAAGCUUGCUGGACUAUUAAAAAGUCACAUUCAAUAAAAAAGCUACUUUAUUCUUACUAAAAAAAAACUAGUUUAAUUUUCUAAUAAAAGUCAAUAAAGAAGACAGAGUAAUAUUGUCCCUAUGUGUGAACAUUCUAUAACAAGCAUCCAGUGUUGAUUGUAAUCCGAUUCCAAAGUCAUUUGCUACUGCAAUCUAAUUACUUGUCAAAAGGUAGUGUAACACAUUACAUUUUAAAUUAAUGUGAUUAGGGUUGUCAGGAUUAUGAAAUUUGGCUGACAGUUGGCAAACAAAUAAUUGUGAUUAUGACGAUUAAUUGUCUGUUUUAGGGCUUUCAAAAUUAACAUACACAUUUUCAUAUUUCUUAAGGUGCAUGUGUGCUUAAUACAUCUUAAUAACUCAUUUUUACAUAUUUAACUUAAAAUAUAUAAAUAAAAUAAUAAAGU